CAAAAUUGAGACACUCAUGCAGACAGACACAGAUGAAUCAAACGGUCCAGCCGCCCAUGCACACCAGUCCAUCCAAGCAGCACAUAAGUCGGUCUGUCGAUUUGUGUGUGAGGCCAUACAUGUCUGCCGCUGGUGUCGUCGCACUGGCUCCUCCUCUUCUCACUCACUCAGCCCGACUUCACCUGCAGAGCACGCAGACAUCCAUAGAUUCAUGCGUGUCGGUCGUGUCUCUGCCUUCCCCACCCACCCCACCUACUCACGUGAUAGAUGGCGAUCUCCUUUGCAUUGCAGUACCAGUCUCCCGCCAGUGUGCCGUCGCCGUUGUCGUGUGUCACUCCCAGGUAGCUCGCCGGCAGGUCCUCCUUCGCCACCCACUGAUACAUGCUGCGCACGUCAUCCGCGGGGCCUGGGCUGCCGUCGCAGAGCCACAGAUACCCACAGCCAAUGGCCAUCUGCACACAGGAACAGCCGUGUCCUGUUCGUGCUGCUUUGUUCUUCGCUUUGCCCCUCAUCAACCCACCUUGCCGCGCUUGUUCGCAUUGCCGACCUUGAUGGAUGCGUCGCGGCCGGCCACCAUCACCUUCUGUCUGGCCGUGGGGAUGGGCACCUUGGUUGGCGGAGAGUACGCACCGCUGAUCGAGAUGAGGAAGUGCGGCACCCUGUAUCCAUUGGUCUGUGUGGGGUCGGCGGGCGGCUUGAGUUGGCCGUCGACAAAGACGCCGAAUCGGUAUGUGUCGUUGUGGUUGAUGAGGAACAGCAGACCGCUCGCAUCGCCCACCUUGUCCACCAUCGUGCCGAAGUCACCACCGUCACGCGUCGAACUGACAGAGAGCAAAGAGAACGGGGUGAGAGUGACACUGCGAGAGAUCAUAUGGCUGUCUCUGCUUACCUGUAGAGGAGUUUGGUCGAGGGGUUGGGUAUCUUGGUAGCACCUCCUGCGUCUCCUCGAAGGUGAGGAAGGGGGCCGGGGGCCGAUGGAUGUCCUCCAUCUUGAGGCCAUACAUCUCAACAUCCUUCUGCACACACACACAGACACACACACACACAGGUUGAGUGCAUGGCCGCCUUGAUGAAGUCAUGUGUGAACAGAUAAGCCAUACCUUCAGCUGAGCGAUGUACCUGGGCUUGGCCGAGGGCUUCUUGACCAGGGCACCGGGCCGCUUCUCUUGUCGAAGGCGGCGAGCAAAGUCCACCACCUGAAUGGCCGCCAGAAGGACUUGCAGUGUGCCCUCCUCUCUCUCUCUCUCUCUCUCUCUCUCUCGUGUGUGUGUUGUGGUUGUGUGUCACCUUCGUGAAGUGCUCAACGGAUGUCUGGCGGAUGGGUACGUCGCCCUGCACAAUCUCACUACUGCACACCACACGCACAAAUGAGGAAAGAACACAACGCGUCCACACAAUGGCAGUGUAUGUGUGUGUCGUGGGUGCCUUCUCACCUGAACCGUUUGUAGAGGAGGUUGUCGGUGCCGAGCUGCGAUAGCGUCGCGUCGGUGGUCGACACUCUCUUGCGCAGGACGGUCACGGUCUUCACCUCGUGGGCGCUGCCGUCCUCUGCUCGGAGAAAUGGCCCCAUCGCCUUGCCGAACUCCUCCAACUCCCCCGCCGCGCCCUUGAGCUCUGCCACUGCCCUCUUAUAGCCCUCCACGUAUUUACUGAUCUUAUCCAUCACGCCGCCCUCCCCGCCGCCAUCCCCUGCCCCCUCCCCAGCGGCCCGCACCUUAUUGCCCCCCUCCUUGUUGCCCUCCGCCGCCCCUCUGGUGUCCAUGUGUGUGUUGUCGGACGGCGUGUCGAUCUCGAGAGUGGUCUGGGUGAGGAACAGCUCCUGGUGGAAGGAAUAGCUGGGGUCCUCCUUCUGUGUGUCGUCCAACUCGAUCUCGUGCUCCUCGCCCUGGGCGUCAGCACCCUCAACCAAAGCCAUCUCGUCAGACAACCUGACGAGGCUCAGCGCCAAGGAGAGCAAAGGCAAAGCGCAAUGAACACAACACAAACAGACCCGCAUUCUUCUUCAACCCACCACUUGACGUAGCUGCUGUCAGCGUCGAGGAAGGGCCGGCCCUCCUCAUCGCGCGGCAGGGCGUCCACACAGUACAGCAGCAGAUGGGCGAAGUAGGUGCGACGGAGCUGAUCCAGCAUCAGCCCCUUCCGGGACACACCCACCACCCGGCCGCCCACAUUGACCUCCACCUCCCCAUCGAUGCCGCCCGUCAGCUCCAACUUGCCGCCCGUGCUCUCAAUCAGCACUUUGAUGGCCUCGGCUUUGGUCUGCAGCUGCUGACGGGCAGUCCGGGCGGCGUUCUCGAUGGCGAGCAGGGCGGCAUUGGCUUUGUGCAGCGAUCUGUCAAAGGAAUGGCGGCCAGUGCGAGGGGCAGGGUGGGGCUGAGCAUCCGAUGGCUGGCCGCCAGCCGCGGCGGCAGCGCCACCCUCCAACAUUCUCUCUGAAC